AUGCCUCGACCUUCGAAGCGACGGCGCUACCUGCUGGAGGAAGAGGAGUCCCAGAGCCAGGAGCACCUCGGGGAGAUGCAGGAUCCUGAGGCGAUGCAAGAGGAAGGUUCCUCUUCCUCUACCUGCUCCUCCUCUCUCCCAUCCUCCUCCUCUUCCUCAUGCUACCCUCUGCUCUCUGUCACCCCCGAGGAGCUGAGUACUCCCGAGACACCCAGCCCGUCCCUGAGUCCGCCUGGCAUGUGCCUGGCUGAUGCUGAGGUCUCUGAGCCUGAGAGCCCGGCCCAGGAGAUGAGUACCACCUGGAGCCCCGACUUGGAGGGUCCCAGCACCUCCGCGCAGGCCCUGCAGGCCCUGCAGGCCAUGCAGGCCAUGCAGGCCCUGCAGGCCAUGCAGGCCAUGCAGACCGUGCAGCCCACGCAGACCGUGCAGGCUACACAGACCGUGCAGGUCGCGCAGGCCACACAGUCCGUGCAGACCGCGCAGGCCACGCAGUCCGUGCAGACCGCGCAGGCCACGCAGUCCGUGCAGACCGCGCAGGCCACGCAGUCCGUGCAGACUGCGCAGGCCACGCAGUCCGUGCAGACCGUGCAGGCUACACAGGCCAUGCAGGCUGUGCAGGUUGCGCAGGCCAUGCAGGCUGUGCAGGUCCCUAGGUGCACUGCCAGAGUGGCAGUGGAUGAUGAGAAGGUGGCUGACCUGGUGCAGUUCCUGCUGCUCAAGUAUCGUGCCCAGGAGCCGACCAGCUGGGCCGAGAUGCUGAGGGAAGUGCUGGGCGGGAACGAGGAGCAGUUCCCUGACGUCUUCACUCACGCCUGCGAGUGCAUGCAGCUGGUGUUCGGCCUUGACGUAAAGGAGGUGGACCCCCAAGACCACUCCUAUGUCCUGGAAAACACCCUCGGCCUCACCUAUGACGGGCUGCUGUGUGGCGGGCAGAACGUGCCCAAGACCGGCAUCCUGGUCCUUAUUUUGAGCAUAAUCUUUAUCGAGGGCAACAGCGCCGCCGAGGAGGAGAUCUGGAGAGCCCUGGAGGUGAUGGGGGUGUGUGCGGGGGCCGAGCACUUCAUCUUUGGGGAUCCCAAGGAGCUCCUCACCGAAGUGUGGGUGCGGGAGCAGUACCUGGAGUACCGGCAGGUGCCAGGCAGUGAUCCCCCCCGCUACGAGUUCCUGUGGGGCCCCCGGGCUCACGCCGAGACCAACAAGAUGAAAGUGCUCGAGUUUUUAGCCAGAGUCCAUGGGAGUAACCCCAGGUCCUUCCCACUGUGGUAUGAGGAGGCGUUGAGAGAUCUGCAAGAGCGCACCGAGGCCAGCAUGGACGCCCCCCAGGACGAACCCGCUGACACGGCCGACGUGAGUUCCACCACGGGGCCCAGCGACUUCCCCCAGCCCGAGUGA